AUGGCCUCCAAACAAAUCCUUCGCCGCUCCUCCGACAUCCUCCACGCCUCCUCCGCGCGCGCUCCCACCUUCCGCCAAGCAUCAUCCGCGCUGAUGCAAGCGCAACCUUCCGCACAAUACGCCACGGCGUCGUCCUCCGCUUCCGCCUCCCCCGCUCUGCCAUCCGCGUCCCUUUCCGCGCGUGUUCCAUUCGGAUCGCAUGUGUCAGGUAUUGCUAGUUGCACUGUUCAUCGAGGCUUCGCCAUCACGGCCACGGAGGAUCUCGUGAAGCUGCCAUGUGUCAGCGAUCCGAGCGCGCUCAGCACGCUCAAGGAGGCUCUGGCGACGGGCUGGGUGCCGUGCGACGCCUCCUUGAUCGCCAAGAUCGACAAGAGCAUCAAAAGCACCGAUGCCGACCAAUCAUCUUUGGGCCACCUCAAACAAGUUUCUCUCUAUUUCGUCUUCAUCCCAGCAGUGAUGACAGCUGUGUCAGCGAUGCAGGACAUGGCGCAAGAAGCGUUGCCAUCGCUGACUGACAUGGCAGCAGCAGCCCACGCGGCAAACGUGUUUAAAGAAGCUGUGCUUGCGAAGGAGGCGCUGUCGGCGCUCAAGGCAGCAGCGGAGGCGGUGGAGGUGUUUGGGGAGAAGCUGGAGCUGCUGCGCCUGGAGCUCGCGGGGGCAAGUUCGGUGGCGAGGUGA